AUGUACCCUCCUCCGUUGUCUGUCUGUCUGUCUCUCUCUCUCUCUCUUUCUCUCUCUCUCUCUCUGCAGGGGGAUUUCUUUCUGUGGGAGUUUCUUCGUCUGAACAACAAAAAGUCAAUAUCUUUUCCUUUUCUGGUUAAUGUCGAUUCUCACUGUAUUCCUUCUUUUCCUCUUUGUCUUUUUUUGAUUUUUGUCUCAGGAGCUUUCCGAGGAAUGGACACAUCAAAUCUAUCUAUCUAUCUAUCUAUCUAUCUAUCUAUCUAUCUAUCUCUGAUUUACUUUUUUCAGGAGUCAAUAUCUUUUCCUUUUCGGCUUAAUUUCGAUUCUCUCUAUAUCCCUUUUUUUCCUCUUACUUUCUAUUUUUAUUUUUGUCUCUGGAGCUUUCCCAGGAAUAAAUCAAAUGUGUCGAAAAACAACUUCCAUAGGCUCAACAUCCACUGGAGUAUCGUUUCUUCGCACAUCAUAUGUUCUGGUAUAUCUUCUGCGCACAUCAUAUGUUUCAGUAUAUCUUCUGCGCACAUCAUCUAUCCGGUAUAUCUUCUGCGCACAUCAUAUGUUCUGGUAUAUCUUCUGCGCACAUCAUAUGUUUCAGUAUAUCUUCUGCGCACAUCAUCUAUCCGGUAUAUCUUCUGCGCACAUCAUAUGUUCUGGUAUAUCUUCUGCGCACAUCAUAUGUUUCAGUAUAUCUUCUGCGCACAUCAUCUAUCCGGUAUAUCUUCUGCGCACAUCAUAUGUUCUGGUAUAUCUUCUGCGCACAUCAUAUGUUUCAGUAUAUCUUCUGCGCACAUCAUCUAUCCGGUAUAUCUUCUGCGCACAUCAUAUGUUCUGGUAUAUCUUCUGCGCACAUCAUAUGUUCUGGUAUAUCUUCUGCGCACAUCAUAUGUUUCAGUAUAUCUUCUGAGCACAUCAUCUAUCCUGUAUAUCUUCUGCGCACAUCAUAUGUUCUGGUAUAUCUUCUGUGCACAUCAUAUGUUUCAGUAUAUCUUCUGCGCACAUCAUUUAUCCGGUAUAUCUUCUGCGCACAUCAUAUGUUCUGGUAUAUCUUCUGCGCACAUCAUAUGUUUCAGUAUAUCUUCUGAGCACAUCAUCUAUCCUGUAUAUCUUCUGCGCACAUCAUAUGUUCUGGUAUAUCUUCUGUGCACAUCAUAUGUUCUGGUAUAUCUUCUGCGCACAUCAUAUGUUUCAGUAUAUCUUCUGCGCACAUCAUCUAUCCGGUAUAUCUUCUGCGCACAUCAUAUGUUCUGGUAUAUCUUCUGCGCACAUCAUAUGUUUCAGUAUAUCUUCUGCGCACAUCAUUUAUCCGGUAUAUCUUCUGCGCAUAUUAUUUGUUCCAGUAUAUCUUCUGCGCACAUCAUCUGUUCCGGUAUAUCUUCUGCGCACAUAAUAUGUUCUGGUAUAUCUCCUGCGCGCAUUAUUUGUUCCAGUAUAUCUUCUGCGCACAUCAUAUGUUCCGGUAUAUCUUCUGCGCACAUCAUCUGUUCCAAAAUCUAUCUAUUCGUUCUCCCAGUUCUCCCUAGUUCUUCUCCCUUACACGACACUUGUCUCUCCCAAUUCAUUACCUCUGCCCUCCGUCUCUUUCUUUCUUGUCGGAAUCAUUAG